AUGCCAAAGCCGAAGAUCGACCUGUACGCCGAAGCGCUGACCAAUAUCCGACAGUUGACUCUCCAUGCAUCUCUCCAAAGUGAGAAGAACGAGCACACGAAGAUUUUCAUCUCCUCGGACAAGAAAAUCAUCACGGCAGUGCAUGAUGGGGAGUCGUCCAGUAUCUAUCUCCCUACACAAAUUUCUGGAACUGCCAACGUGACGCUCCCCACGGACAAAAGGACAGAGUUUUCGGCUCGACUACAGAUAGACGACGUCAGCCAACUGAGGGACAAACAGGACGAACCUGGCAGUUCCGAAGUACCCUGGUCUGCAACCGAGUUGACGCCAGACGCCGCCAUCCAGUGCAAACGCUGCAGUGCUGACAUUGUGCAAUCCGGCAAGAUUAAUACCUGGAAAGAUCUCCCCAGUGAUCAUUGGGCGGAUCUCAUGGACUUGUGGUUCUGCCACAAACCACACCAAGGACUUUCAGCACAUGACCACGCCGCCGAGUCCAAAGGCUUCUCCGCAAAGAGCCAGGUGGUCACCAACAUUGGCGUAGGGCUUGUGGAUACCGUCUCGUUCCUUUUGCACAGAGAGGAUUGUUUGAACCUUCAGGUGCGUAUCAUCAUCAGAGCAGCCAGCGGUGAAUCCCCGGUGGGCAGAAUUUGGCGUCAAGAAAGAAGCUUUUCAGAGUCUCGAUUAGGAGCGUCAGUUGAUCCAGUUUCUGAUACAAUCGCCGCAUAUUGA